AUGCAACAUGAGCUUCGGCCGGCCCAAUGCGCCAAAAUCAAACCGAAGAAAUACUACAGCGACGAUCAGUCCAAGGGAGCACUGAGAGAUGGUAUGGGACCUUUAAUUACAGGUGCUCCAGCGGUCGGUAUGGACGAUCAGAGUAAGGCAGAUGCCUUAGCUGGCUAUAUUGGCAGUGUAAACCGAACAGAUAACGAUAUGUCAAGAAUUCUCGAACAAGGAACAUCCUCGCCAUAA